UUUAACGGAGAAUCAUCGAGGCAAAGACCGUAUUGGGGACGAGUUCUGCAAUUAGCACUGGACGCCAUGAACUUCUCUCUGUCUCUACCCUCAAAAAGCUCCUCCAAAUCAACACCAAAAUCCUCGCAGGCCUUCGACGAUGAAGAUGAACGACAAUAUGACACUGGCAAACAAUAUGUCACCGAAUUCGACCCCUCUAGAACCCUAACCGACCCAAAGAAGCAUCAAUUCAUUAUCCCUCCAAAGGAGAACGAAUGGCAACCCGCGAAGCUCAUGAAGAACUUCCGUGAUCUUCCUGUCAUCCAAUCUGAAGACUCCAGGGAGUUAAAAUUCGAGAUCGAAUCACUCUCCCUGGAUUCCUGUGACGGGAACAUUUCUUACGGGUUGAAUGUGCGGCAGCCCCCUAAGACCGGCGAGGCUAGCAAUAUGCAUGAAUCUAAUGGUGGCGAUGGUGAUGAGAGUGGACGGCACCGAUCGGUGGAGAGUAUUUUGUUGGACAAGUUAAGAGAUGACUUGAAGCGGUUACCGGAAGAUCGAGGGUUUGAGGAGUUUGUGGAUAUGCCGGUGGAGGGAUUCGGAGCUGCUUUGCUUGCUGGGUAUGGGUGGUAUGAAGGGAGAGGAAUUGGAAAGAAUGCGAAAGGGGAUGUCAAAGUGAAGCAAUUCAAGAAGUGGACUAGUAAGGAAGGACUUGGGUAUGUAGCACCAUCUCAUGGCUCUCUUGGUGCUUAAUUAGUAUACCUGUAUGUGCUUUAUGCCUUCCCCCCCCCCCCCCCCCUCCUUAUUUCUUCCAACGUUUGAUGUAAUAUUAGUAUCCCUCAAUUUAUAUGAUAUUUUGAAUCUCAAGUUAUUUAGUAGCUUUUGCUUGAGCCCUUUGCUUUAAACUUUCUACAUGUCAUUCAUAAGCAAAGUGGGAUGUAGCUUUGUGUGGCUAAAUAAUCUCCGCUGGGGCAGAUUUUCUUAGAAAAAUGUUGGAAGAUGCAGUAGAUGUUCUUUUCUAUAGUAAGUGCAAGGACAUGGCAAAGAUCCAGGCCCUCAGACGUUUACUGUGGAAGUAAACAUGACAAUAUAAGGGUAGGGAUUCUCAAUUUGACCUACCUUUUCAUUUUCUUGGGAUGCUGUGGUGAAGGUCUUAAUGCUAAAGGGUUUUAUCCACUUUGAUCGAUUAGUUCACAGGUGAACUGACUGCUUUUCAAUUAAACAGUGCAAGAUGGAUGAGGAGGAAAAUUAUUGAUAGAGAAAGCAAAUAAGAGUCCAUUUGGAAUAGAGGAUAAGACUUCAAACGGAACCUAAAGGAGAUACAUUUGUUGAUGGGGUAGAAUUCAAUUCAAAAACAAUCCAAAUGAAUUUUGUUCUGGGUACAUUACUGCAUGCUGAGAAAGUCAUAGGUACUGCAGUUAGAUGGUUUUAGUAAUGGUUUUUAUCUGCCAGAUGAUUGAUUUCAAUGUAUCAUAGUAGAGAUCUGAUAGCCCCAGUUACGGAUACUGCUCAACUUUGACUGGACUGCCAUAACAAUUGAUGGGUGAGGAAAAGAGACUGACUUGCCGGAGGACACAGAUGAAAAUUUUCAUUACUUAGUUCUCGAAGGAAGGAAGGGACUUACCCCAGCACUGACCGAAACAUAAAAGCUCUUGCCUUCAUGCCUCCUGCAACUUGCUUGUAGCCUGGGACAACUGGGUUGCAAUCUUUCACAUACUGGGCUUUCCUGGCCCUGCUACUGGUUUCUUGGCACAGUUAAGAGAUUGGUGUCCAUGUUAACACUACCAGCAAUGUCAAUAUAAACCCAGUAUCUGCUUCGACGUUGCCAUGUAACCUUGUUUGAGCUGUUGAAUACUUGAAUUAUUGCUUCCUCCGAUCCAUUACAAUGGAUUCUUUUUUUCCCCCUUAAAAAA